GUAUGCAAGGGGAGAACAUCCAGAGUGCCCGAGCGACUCUUCUCUUGUUCCUCAAGAGUUUACCCGCAGGAUGUUUGUUCAACAUCGUCAGCUUUGGCAGUACUUUCACCUUGCUCUUCCCUCAAGGAAGUCGUGAGUACAAUGAAACCACUUUAGCAGAGGCUUGUGCACUCCAGGAAAAUAUGAAUGCUAAUAUGGGAGGCACUGAGAUUCUUCAACCCUUCAAGAGUAUUUACUCUCAGCCCCCAAAGACCGGAUAUUCAAGACAAGUUCUCUUGAUCUCUGAUGGGAGUGUGUGGAAUGUGGCACAGGUGACUCAGCUGGUGGGACGUCACGCUCAUGAAACUAGAGUGUUUGCUGUGGGUAUUGGUCAUGGGGCUUCUACUGCCCUCAUACACGGUGUGGCCAGAGCUGGUGGGGACGAUCUGAGAUGGUCAUCCAGCAGGAUAAACUUCAGCACAAAGUAAUGGGCUUGGUGAGCUCUAUGGUGCAGGAGAGUGUGCACAAUGUGAGGAUAGCUUGUGAAGUUGAGCCAACCAGCAGAGUGACUCUCAUCCCCAAAGUCCCACCUGUAAUCUUUGGUGGUCAGCACCUCAUCUUGUACGCCAGGCUGCCCUCCACAACCACUGUGAAGACAGUAAGUGUUGCAGGAAACAUUGGAGACACUGACAUAAGUGAAGGUGUUACUGGUAAUGUUAUUGUUGCCGUUCAUGAUUCCGAGAUGAGCCUUCAUCGCUUAGCAGCACGAGCCCAGAUCAAUCAGUGGCAGCUUGAUGAAGAAGGUAAGUCCUUCUUCUCAA